CGCUCCACUGUUUGACAGCCAAAACAAACUAGAAGCUGUAGAGAAUUGCACUUGCAUUCAGAUUAUUCUACUGCAAAUUUGAAUACAUUUUAUCAGUUUAAUUAAGUGUCAUAAUUCAGUAACCAGACGACAUUGCUCACAUGCAAGCGCAUCCUUUGUUUAGAAGACCGGGAGCGGGUGCGUGCAACUGACCAAGGAUGGACUCGCCUAUGCAGGGGUCCCACCGGCCUCCACUCGCGCUCUGUCUCCUGCUGCUGUGGAGCUCCGUGUGCGCUCGUGAGCCGGUCUGUCAGGAGAUUUCGGUGCCAUUGUGUAGAGGGAUCGGUUACAACUACACCUACAUGCCCAACCAAUUCAACCACGACACCCAGGAUGAAGCUGGUCUCGAGGUGCACCAGUUCUGGCCCCUCGUGGAGAUCCAGUGUUCCCCGGACCUGCGCUUCUUUCUUUGCAGUCUGUACACGCCCAUUUGCCUCGAGGACUAUAAGAAGCCUCUGCCGCCUUGCAGGAGCGUGUGCGAACGGGCGAAAGCGGGGUGCGCGCCUCUGAUGAGGCAGUACGGUUUCCCGUGGCCGGACCGAAUGAGAUGCGAUCUUCUCCCUGUGCAGGGAGAUCCAAACACUCUGUGUAUGGACUACAACAGGACUGAAACUACAGUCUCACCAGCUGCUCCAAAACCAACCAGCCGACCGGGGAAGCCAUACAACCGGAAAAAUAAAAGCAGUCAUGGGUCUUCUUCAUGUGAACCGGAGUGUCACUGUCGUGCGCCUAUGGUGACCGUGAGCAGUGACCGGCAUCCGUUGUAUAACCGGGUAAAGACUGGGCAGAUCCCCAAUUGCGUAAUGCCAUGCCACAACCCAUAUCUUUCUCAGGAGGAAAGGACAUUUGCCACAUUUUGGAUCGGAGUUUGGUCGGUUUUGUGUUUCUUGUCCACCUUCGCCACAGUUGCCACUUUCCUAAUUGACACUGAGAGGUUUAAAUACCCCGAGCGUCCGAUUAUUUUCCUGUCCGCCUGCUAUAUGUUCGUGUCCGUGGGGUACAUCAUCAGACUCAUCGCGGGCCACGAAAGAGUCGCGUGCAAUCGGGAUAACGACAUGGACUAUAUCCACUAUGAAACUACGGGGCCCGCGCUUUGCACGCUUGUAUUUGUACUCAUCUAUUUUUUUGGGAUGGCGAGCGCCAUCUGGUGGGUGAUCCUGACGUUUACAUGGUUCCUCGCGGCAGGGAUGAAGUGGGGAAACGAAGCGAUCGCACGGUACUCGCAGUAUUUUCACCUGGCCGCGUGGCUCAUUCCGAGCGUCAAAUCUAUCGCCGCGCUCGCGCUGAGCUCGGUGGACGGGGACUCGGUCGCAGGAAUCUGCUAUGUGGGCAACCAAAACUUGGAAAACCUGCGGGGAUUCGUGGUCGCGCCACUGGUGAUUUAUCUUUUUAUCGGAACGGUAUUUUUAUUCGCGGGCUUCGUGUCUUUGUUUCGGAUUAGGAAUGUUAUUAAACAAGGAGGAACGAAAACGGACAAACUCGAGAGGUUGAUGAUUCGCAUCGGGGUAUUUACAGCCCUGCAUACGGUCGUUGCCAUGGUGGUCGUGGCUUGUUACGUCUACGAACAGCACAAUCGUGAAGCGUGGGAAAUCGCGCAUGCGUGUAACUGCCCUUCGGAUAAAAAAGCUCAGAAACCGGAUUACGCAGUGUUCAUGCUCAAGUAUUUCAUGUGCCUUUUAGUGGGGAUCACGUCGGGUGCGUGGACGUGGUCCGGUAAAACUUUGGACUCGUGGCGAGCCCUUUGCACGCGCCGCUGCUGCAUCUGGGGGAGUAAAGGCACGAGCGGUUCGGUUUACAGUGACGCUAGCACGGGACUGACGUGGAGGUCCGGUACAGCAAGUUCGGUUUUGUGCGCUCCAAAACAAAUGCCACUGUCCCGAGUGUGAUAAAAGCGGAACUUCCUAAAAGACUUUGCAAACUGAUCAGCUGCUGGUUUCCUGAUAUAGCCGCCUAUGAGAGAUGCCUAUUACCAGUAUUAGGUGAGACAGGGGAUAGUUUGUCUUUAUAAAUAGCCUACUGUGACGAAUAUUCACUGGAGUUAAAAAAAAAGAAGUGUGACGACCAGUCCCGACCUCUUCAACUAAACUAAAUGCCAGUCAUUAAAUCACAGCUCAAGCCUGUGAAUGAGGUUAUGAAUGUGCCUUUAAAAGUGUCCAUACGGGUUUUUAUAUUUUCUUAUGUAUUUAUAUUAAAAUGUUAUUUUUAAAACAACGAUAUAGAAUGUUUAACAUUUAUACAAGAUUGUGUGUAUUUAUCAUUUACUCUUGACAGAAAACUAUUUUGACAAUAAAACACUAUGUGAGAUAUAACGUUUUUAAUGUUUAUUUAAGGUCUCUAUUAUUCCUCACAAACAUUCAUACCCGUGGGAAAGUGGCAGAGUAUCUGUCGAUUGCAACAACAGCUAGAAGGACAAUAUUUGGCUUUGUUAAAAAAAAAUAAUAGCAAAUUUUGUUUGAGAGUUUAAAAUGAUUCAUAUUUCUCAGUACAGGUACAGGGCCUAUAUACAAAUAAAACAUUAACUAAAAAUCAUCAAAAUAAUUUUUCAUCACACCUGUAAGAUGGAGAAUUAAAGGUGCUUCAAUACAACAUGCAAAGUUCAUGUGCUGAUAUCAUUUGUCUGUUGGAUUAUAAGGGAAAAAUUAAGUUUUAAUACAAAAACAAAAAGAGACUACCCUACUCCUAAAAUCAUAAUGCACAGAAGCAGGUUCAAAAUGUAAUACAGAGUUGAUAUGGCACAAUAAUUUCUAUGAAAAAAUUACACUUGUGUAGUGUGGGGACAAUAAACAUAACAUUUCAAAUUUUACAAAUAAUACAGCCAAAACUGUACUUGUAAGGAUAGAUAUGUGCAAAUAGCAUAGAAACCAUGUUUAAAUAUGAGUUCGGUUUCCCAUACAUAAUAUUGUGAAAAGAUUCAGGGAAUCCAGAGAAAUUACAGUAGAUGUAGGGCAAGGCAGAAAACCUCAGUUGAAUGUGCUUGACCUUUGAGCCCUCAGAUAGCAUUGCAAGAUGUCAGGCUAUAGCCACGUGGGCACAGGAGUACUUCAGAAAACCACUGACAUUUACCACAGUCUGCUGCUGCAUCAAGAAAUGCAACUCUGUUACUCUAGGAGAAAGCUAUACAUCAGAUCUAUGCAAUGCUGUCGGGUUCUCUGGGCCAGAGCUCUACUCAGAUAGUCCAAAAGACUGAAAUUGUGUGCUGUACUCAGAUCAGUCCACAUUUCAACUUGUUUCUGGGAAAAAUUGAUUUCGAGUUCUCAGUCCCAAAGGGACCAUCCAAACUUUCAUCAGCUAUAGAAGCAAAAUCAAACGUUGGUCUUGGUAUGGGGGUUCAGGACAAAAAUUUUGCUUGCAAAACUUAUAUAAUCAGUAGCCUCAAUUCCCAAACAAUGACACAUUAUAAUUAAAUUGUGUAUACAAUGAAAAUAGUUCGGGGCUGAGGCAACAGCCCUGCAAGGGUUCCUGUGCAGCUCAAUAUGAGCUCACCGGGGACCUUUCCCCUCCUCACCACCUUAAAUAUUGACUUACAUCUGCAUGUGCACAAAAUUAUUUAUAACAAGUCAUUAAUUUUUUGUCUAUUUAAUUACGAAGCAUUUUCCGCUUCUGGGUUUAAAAAAUGUUAAGUAGUUUACUAGCUUGUAAAAAUGCACAGCAAAAAUAGGCCAGUAGAUGGCGCUCUCUCUCUCGCUCACACACACAAACACACACACACACACACACACACAUACACACUACCAGUAUUUUAGUGAAAGAAUGUAAAAUGCUACAACAAAACUGUUAAAAUGUUAACUGUGAUACAUUUAGCCACUAUUGAAUGAAACAUAUAACCUAUUUAA